AUGCCGUCCUCCCUGCUGGGCUCGGCGAUGCCGGCCUCCACGUCGGCCACGGCCUCGCAGGAGGCGCUGGAAAGCGCGGGGCGGUUCAUCGACCGCCAGUUGCAGGAUGACCGCAUGUACCCGGACCUCUCCGACCUGCUCCUGGUGUCCGCCCCGAAUAGUCCCACUGUUUCUGGCAUGUCCGAUAUGGAUUAUCCUCUACAAGGACCUGGUUUGCUGUCGGUACCCAACCUUCCAGAGAUCAGCUCCAUCCGAAGAGUUCCUCUCCCACCUGAACUUGUUGAACAGUUUGGACAUAUGCAGUGUAACUGCAUGAUGGGUGUGUUUCCUCCUAUCAGCAGAGCUUGGCUCACAAUUGACAGUGACAUAUUCAUGUGGAACUAUGAAGAUGGAGGAGACCUUGCCUAUUUUGAUGGACUUAGUGAAACUAUUCUUGCUGUGGGGCUUGUGAAACCAAAAGCUGGCAUCUUUCAACCUCAUAUACGACACCUCCUGGUUUUGGCAACCCCUGUGGAUAUAGUGAUUCUUGGACUCAGCUAUGCUAAUUUGCAAACAGGUCCUGGAGUUCUUAAUGACAGUAUGUGUGGUGGAAUGCAGUUGCUUCCAGAUCCUUUGUAUUCUCUUCCCACUGAUAAUACUUACCUUUUAACAAUAACUUCCACUGAUAAUGGCAGAAUUUUCUUGGCUGGAAAGGAUGGCUGUUUAUAUGAAGUAGCAUACCAGGCAGAAGCAGGUUGGUUUAGCCAAAGAUGUAGGAAAAUCAACCACUCAAAGAGCUCACUUUCUUUUCUUGUUCCUUCAUUGCUACAAUUCACAUUCUCAGAAGAUGAUCCUAUUGUUCAAAUUGAAAUUGAUAAUUCUAGAAACAUUUUAUACACACGAUCUGAGAAAGGAGUAAUACAGGUUUAUGAUUUGGGCAGCGAUGGACAAGGAAUGAGCAGAGUUGCUUCAGUGUCACAGAAUUCUAUAGUCUCUGCUGCUGGAAACAUUGCGAGGACUAUAGAUCGUUCUGUUUUUAAACCAAUUGUUCAAAUAGCAGUGAUUGAAAACUCUGAGUCAUUGGACUGUCAGUUAUUGGCUGUCACACAUGCCGGUGUAAGGUUAUAUUUCAGCACCUGCCCAUUCAGACAGCCAUUAGCACGACCUAAUACAUUGACACUGGUUCAUGUCCGCUUACCUCCUGGGUUCUCAGCAUCUUCCACAGUGGAAAAGCCUUCAAAAGUACAUAAAGCUCUCUAUAGUAAAGGAAUUCUAUUGAUGGCAGCCUCAGAAAAUGAAGAUAAUGACAUUUUGUGGUGUGUCAACCAUGAUACAUUUCCUUUCCAAAAGCCAAUGAUGGAAACCCAGAUGACGACCCGUGUCGAUGGUCAUUCCUGGGCUCUUUCUGCAAUAGAUGAAUUGAAAGUUGAUAAAAUAAUUACACCUUUAAAUAAGGAUCAUAUUCCAAUAACUGACUCACCAGUUGUUGUACAGCAGCACAUGUUGCCUCCAAAGAAAUUUGUUCUCCUCUCAGCACAGGGGAGUCUUAUGUUUCAUAAACUUAGACCAGUAGAUCAACUAAGGCAUCUACUUGUGAGUAAUGUGGGUGGAGAUGGAGAAGAGAUUGAAAGAUUCUUUAAAUUACAUCAGGAGGACCAGGCUUGUGCAACUUGCCUUAUCCUUGCUUGUUCCACCGCUGCCUGUGAUAGAGAAGUAUCAGCGUGGGCUGCUCGGGCUUUCUUCAGGUACGGCGGUGAAGCGCAAAUGAGAUUUCCAGCCACUCUCCCCACCCCCAGUAAUGUUGGUCCCAUCUUGGGCUCUCCUGUCUAUGCUAGUUCUCCUUUUCCUGGUGGUAGUCAAUAUCCAAACCCCUCCUUUUUGGGAACACCAGCUCAAGGUGUACACCCUCCUGUCAUGUCUACCCCAGCUUCAGGGAACCCAGCCAUUCAGGCCCCAAGUAUGAGCUACAUGGCUGGGCCAGAGGUUGUGUACUCCGGAAAGCACAAUGGCAUAUACAUUUACUUUGCUCGAAUCAUGGGAAAUAUCUGGGAUGCUAGUUUAGUUGUGGAAAGAGUAUUCAAGAGUGGCAACAGAGAGAUCACCGCAAUUGAAAGUAGUGUUCCCUCCCAAAUGCUGGAGUCGGUGCUGCUGGAACUAAAAGGCUUGCAAGAAUUUCUAGACAGAAACUCCCAGUUUGCGGGGGGACCACUAGGAAAUCCAAAUACUGCAGCCAAAGUGCCACAGAGGCUGAUCGGAUUCAUGCGUCCUGAGAAUGGGAACACCCAGCAGAUGCAGCAGGAGCUGCAGAGGAAGUUUCAUGAGGCUCAAGUGAGUGAAAAGAUUUCACUUCAGGCGAUCCAGCAAUUGGUCCGAAAAUCAUACCAAGCUCUGGCUUUGUGGAAACUUCUUUGUGAACAUCAGUUCACGGUCAUUGUAGGUGAACUGCAGAAGGAAUUUCAGGAGCAGUUGAAAAUCACCACCUUUAAAGAUCUUGUCAUCCGGGACAAAGAGCUGACCGGGGCAUUAAUUGCUUCUCUGAUCAACUGCUACAUCAGAGACAACGCUGCCGUGGACGGCAUCAGCUCACACCUGCAGGACAUCUGCCCCCUUCUGUACAGCACCGACGACGCAGUCUGUUCUAAGGCAAAUGAGCUUCUCCAACAUUCCCGACAAGUUCAAAAUAAGAUUGAAAAGGAAAGAAUGUUAAGGGAAUCACUAAAGGAGUAUCAGAAAAUCAGCAAUCAAGUGGACCUUCCUAAUGUCUGUGCUCAGUACAGACAAGUGCGCUUCUAUGAGGGUGUGGUGGAGCUCUCUCUCACUGCCGCCGAGAAGAAGGACCCGCAGGGCCUCGGGCUGCACUUCUACAAGCACGGAGAGCCAGAGGAGGACCUCCUGGGGCUCCAGGCUUUCCAAGAAAGAUUAAACAGCUACAAGUGCAUUACCGAUACCCUGCAGGAGCUGGUGAAUCAGAGCAAGGCUGCUCCCCAGUCUCCCAGCGUGCCCAAAAAGCCCGGGCCGCCGGUGCUGUCCUCUGACCCCAAUAUGCUGAGCAACGAAGAAGCUGGACACCACUUUGAACAAAUGCUUAAAUUGUGUCAACGAUCCAAAGAUGAGCUCUUUAGUAUUGCCCUUUAUAAUUGGCUAAUCCAAGCUGACCUUACAGAUAAGCUGCUACAGUUCACGUCCCCAUUUCUGGAGCCACAUCUCUCCCGGAUGGCCAAAGUUGAUCAAAACAAAGUCCGUUACAUGGAUUUGCUCUGGAGGUACUACGAGAAGAACAGGAGUUUCAGCAAUGCUGCGCGUGUCCUGUCCAAGCUGGCUGACAUGCACAGCACAGAAAUUUCAUUCCAGCAGCGACUAGAGUACAUUGCCCGAGCCAUUCUUAGUGCCAAAAGCUCCACUGCCAUCUCCUCCACAGCUGCGGAUGGGGAGUUCCUUCAUGAAAUGGAAGAAAAAAUGGAGGUUGCUAGGAUCCAACUCCAGAUACAAGACACGCUACAAAGGCAGUACUCCCAUCAUUCUUCUGUACAGGAUGCAAUUUCUCAGCUGGAUUCUGAGUUAAUGGACAUAACUAAGCUUUAUGGGGAAUUUGCUGACCCGUUUAAACUUGCAGAGUGUAAACUUGCAAUAAUUCAUUGUGCCGGUUAUUCAGACCCUAUAUUGGUGCAGACACUUUGGCAAGAUAUCAUAGAGAAAGAACUGAAUGAAAGUGUGGCACUGAGCUCUUCCGAUCGAAUGCACGCCCUGAGUCUGAAGAUUGUCCUCCUUGGCAAAAUGUAUGCGGGCACACCUCGCUUCUUCCCGUUAGACUUUAUUGUGCAGUUCUUAGAGCAGCAAGUUUGUACUUUGAACUGGGAUGUGGGUUUUGUAAUACAGACAAUGAAUGAAAUUGGAGUGCCCUUACCUCGGCUGCUGGACGUCUAUGAUCACUUGUUCAAGUCACGGGAUCCAUUCUGGAACAGAAUGAAGAAGCCACUGCACCUUUUGGAUUGUUUACAUGUACUAUUGACCAGAUAUGUUGAGAAUCCUAGCCAGGUUUUAAAUUGUGAGAGGAGAAGAUUUACAAAUCUCUGCCUGGAUGCUAUUUGUGGUUACCUGGUUGAGCUACAGUCUAUGAGCCCGUCAACAGCAGUACAAACCAUCACAGGGAAUUUCAAGUCUCUUCAGGCUAAAUUAGAACGGCUUCAUUAAUUAUUCUAAUGUAUUUUUAUCCACAUGUUUUGACCUGUAAAAUAAAAUCUCAGCGUGGUUUAGAUAUCAA